AGUGGACUUCAGGAAAAUCAAGGGAGAAGAGUGACUUUGCCGAGAGAGGAUGGGAGGCCUGAAAUGAGAGGGGGGAUGGCGGGAGAGGUGGCCCCCUUGGCAUGGUCUUCGUCUUUGUGUAUCUCCUCCGUGUGUCUUUCUGUGUGUCGCUCUCUUGUGGGGUUGGUUGCAUGGUGGGUUCAUGAGCUGUACUUAAAGUACUCUUGAGGGGCUGAAGCCUCGGUCGGCCAUAUGCAUACAAUCUCACACUUCCUGUUGCUGUUGCUUUUGCUGCUGCCAUGCUCGCCCUGAAGUCUCCCGUUUCGUUGCUGCUGUCUUGUUGAGCACUUCAGGGAGGUUUGAGUGUGUGAGUGUGUGUGAAUGUGAUGGAUGCGCUACAAUAAUGGACCAGACCUAGAGGUGGAGCCACGUACGAUGGCAUGCAACUGUAGGUAGCAGGAAUUGCACGCUCUCGGGUGGAUGUGUGUGUGUCUGCACGCGCGUGCGUGCGUGCGAGAGUUGAGAAACUCUUGGAGCCCGUUUGCAGAGUUCGGAGUCUCUUUUCAGGCUGUGGGGGCUUAGCAUUGAGACUGGUAUAGUUUGAGGUUGGGGUUUUUGAGAACGAGCCUGGCGUCUGCGCUCCGAUUGUCACUGCAAGCUCGAAUGCGCGUUGCAAUUGCCAGGCCAAUUCCCGUUCUGCGCUUCGAUCACUGGUUCGAGGAAUAUGUGCUGAAAAGUCCAUCUUGUUCGAUAUCACAUUGUUCGGGAGUGGUGCAUAGCUGAGAUACUUCGAAAUUAGUGAAUCGGAAACUGUGAGUCCAACAAUGCAGUUGCAUAUGGCACGCAAUGGAGCAACCAGCUUCUUUGUCAGGUUGGUGUAUGGGUGAAUUCAAACUCUAAGAGAUAAAUGAUUAUAGUCAAGGGGUUGAUAGUUCUGGAUGAGUAAUAGCUUGCGGAUAUUCCUGGCACCAUUUGAAGAGGCGAAAGCUCCGAUCACCGAAGUAUUGCACAUAUUUUUUGGUCGAGCAUUUACAUUUUAUGUCAUGCGGCAUUUGUACAAGAACGAAGGAUUCUUUUGUUGUUGAGAUGCUCAGGCAAUCCAAGUUUCGAGAAACUGAAGAUCUCUCAAUUCAUCAACUCAAACUCGAGGCAUGUGAGGGAUAGCAAUUUAAAAUACUCAAGCGUUUGGCAGCAUUCUAACAUAUCAACAUGAAAUCCCAGAAGAGCCUUGUAGAAAACAUUCCAACAUCGGGGUUGGGCUUCAAUGCGGUGGUGGUGCUAGUUGUGAUCAACUGCCUUCUCUUGGUUUUUCAAAUCUCUUCCAGUGGUAGCUUGUACGAAAGAGCAUGGUGGCCAACGGAAGCUCAACCAAUGCCGUGUGCAAACAUUACCAUCGCCAUGGACGAAAAUCUCGACAUGUCCUCAAUCGAUCUCUCGCGUGGGGAGGUUCGCAGCUUUCGUGCGCACGGUAUUGCAACACGCUUGAUUGUGGAAGUGGGCUCCUACAGAAACGGCCCGCGCACAUUUUCAUCCGUAGUGCUGACAAGUAAGCGCCUAAACAACCUCCAUGAUAUUCUCUACGAGUGCGAGUGGGCGACCGCAGACAGCCCUACCCUGAAGGUGAAAGCGAGAGCAAUUAAGCCUGACUGGAACAUGGGAGAAUUAUAUGGAACAAUGGUGAUUGUGUGCACAUUUCCAAAAGAUGUCGGCACAAAAUCUGAGGGAGGGCGCUUGAUUUUGACCGCACACUACCCAGGUGCCUUCCGGACUCCUGAGAGAUUCAUCGCCUUGACAGAAAUGCAGGGCGAGUACAAUGCGAGUCGCUUCCAACCUCCAUACCCCUAUGACAUGACCUUCUGCGGCUCGCCCCUUUACGGUAACAUCAGUCCCCAGCGAAUUCGGGAGUGGAUAGCGUACCAUGCCUACUUCUUGGGCAAUCGCACUCUCUUCAUCUUCCAAGACGCCGGUGGCAUCCACGAUGAUGUGUACCGGGUGCUGAAGCCAUGGAUUGACCUUGGUCAAGUGUUAGUGGAGAAUCUGCGGCAGGCAGAGGUUUAUGAGGGCUAUUACCAUCACCAAUUCACCAUGUUGAAUGACUGCCUGCUACGCUCACAAACGCUCUCAAAUUGGACCUUCUUCUUCGACGUUGAUGAAUUUCUCUUCAGUUCUGGAGAUAAGAAACCAGUUGACCUACUUGCUGAGAAUGCUCGCAACAACGUCACGCAGUUUCUGUUUAAGACAGUCAAAAUGUCGGACGGUCUCUGCCUGAAGGAGAACAAAAGAGAGUCUGAUAGCCACUUCAUGGCCAAAAUUUCGAGAAAAUGGGCAUUUGAGAAGCUAGUAUACGCCAAGUGCGACUACGGAUGGACAACAGUGGAGUCACGGAAAUAUGCAGUGCAACCGCAAAUGGUGUGGGCCACAGGGGUCCACUACUCGGAGCACAUGAAGCAAGGGAAAAGGAUAGACAUGGACCCCGACGUCCUCCGCUCCUACCACUACCACAACACUGUCAACGGCCGCACAGAGCUUUGCAAGGAGUUCCCAAAAAACCCAAACGGCGAGCCUAACUCCCUCAAAGUGAAGAACUGCACAAUUGAUAAAUCCAUGGCCGACCUCGGCCCCGCCGUUCGGAGUUACGAAUUUGCCAUGGUCGGCGAGCAACCUUUCAUCUUGUAGCAUUUAAUUACUAUUGUCCAAAUGAGAGCUUUACAUUCAGAUUACCAUCCAACUUUGCCAGCUUAGACUUCCCGAAUUAGACACAGCUAUUAUGAUAUUUUUCCAUUGUACCCGCUACAGCAUAGGUCUUUCAGAAGAUAAGACAUGAAACUGUUCACACUUGGGCAGGUUCAUUCUCUGUGCACCGAUGCCACCAGCAAUAGCAGCAGCUUGUUGAUGGUCAAGUUGAGGCAAUCAAGAAACAUAAUCUUGACUUGUUUCACUUUUGUUGCGCGUAAUGACGAUGUGGAGAGGCUUGUGAGGUGCCCUAACACAGUCGGCUUGAGAUUCGAUUGUUUCCCUUUCGAGGACCGAUUUGUCUGCAAUAUUCUGACUAUUUGCUUCCCCAAAAGGAAAUAGAAGGCUCACCUGAUUCAAAUA